CACAUUGGUAGUCGCCGACCAGAGAGUAUACAGGACCAGUUUCAUCAUCCCUGAUAUUUCAUUUCGUUCCGGCGAAAAUGGCAACAAUUCGAGAACGAGCAGCAGCUUUGAACCUUGCUGGGAAGCUUUACAGUCCUAUGUGCCCCCCACCAGGCCUAAAACCUGCCCGCAAUGUGCACGCGCAAUUUCCUUGGAGAAAUAUUAUCACACGCCUGCAAGAGCAAGUCCAAGUGGAGCGACAGUGGCGCCACCUGAGAUCCCACAAGAACACCUUUGUAGGGUCUGAUGCAGUGGACCUCAUUCAAAGUAAUAUCCAGAACGAUUAUUUUGGUGCCGUUGACUUUCCUCGACCUAAGGCAGUGCGUGUUUGCCAAGCCCUUGUGGACUGUGGAGUGAUCGAACCAGUGGGGAAUAGUCUGUUGAGUGUGGACCAAAACUCCUUUCAGGACACCGUUGACAGCAGGUACAGAUUUGUGAGCGCAGAGGAUGCCGAACUGGACAAACUGGAGGAAGUCGUCAUGUCCCCCCUGAUGCACAAGAGUUUUUCUUUGAGCGAGAUUGGAGUCAAGGAUAUGACCUGCCAUAGCACCCCUGUGAAGGCAGUGGCAUCGCACAGAGCUCAUUUGGAGAAGGACUCCUUUUGCCACAGCAGCAUGCAUCAGGCAGAGACCGCUCUGCCACAGUCACUGAUCAAUGAGGUGUGGCUGGAGCAGACUCUGCUGCGGCUGAUGCAGGUCAUCGAGCUUCCCUUCCUGGAGAGCCUGCUGGAGGCCAAAGACGGCUUCCUCCAGCCAUCUCGUCAUGACGAGGUGGAGGAGAACGCAGACGACACGUUUGCACCGCACGACAGCAGCCGUCUGGACUGGGAGAUUCUAAAGGCUGUUGGAGACGAGCUGGCUGAUGGAUGGUGGUUGGCCGCGGUAGAUUGCGUAAGAUUCUUGCCGGACCAGACGGUGGUGGAGUUGAGUCGUGAGCUGCCCGUCUCCAAAGGCGAUGGCCUGGACGUGAAGCAGAGCAAGCGCCGGCUGUUUGAAGCUCUGGCUAAACACUACAGCCACAGCGACUGCUCCCCCCUGCUGGGGGACUCCAUGGGAGACGUCUACACCGUUAUUGCAGAACAUAUUGAUGAUGGGAAUCUUCUCCUGGCCCUUGAGGCCAUUCAGCUUUGCCUCAGGCUGCUGCCGGAGGAAAAACGUGAUCAGCUCCAGAAGCUCCUCGUCUUCAUGGCAUUGGCUGCCAACCCAACAGCCAUCAAACUACAUAAGGAGCGAGAAAACAGACUUGCUGUGAAAAGGACGUUUUCCAAGGCGAUCAUUAACUAUGGAAGUCUGUCAAAGUACAAGUCCGAUCUCCUGGUUUUCUUCCUGAUGGACAAUAAUUUUUCCGUUUUCCAGGUCCCAAGAUCCCUCCAGCAACUAGUGAAUGAGAAGCUCUCCAGUAUUCAGCAAGGGACUGUAACCGACUCCUCUUCCGGUCCUAACUACUGCAUUCGAACCCAUCAACCAGCUCAAGAAUCAACAAAGUCAGAGUUGCUGAAGUUACUCAAGACCAUUGACGAAGACCCAAAGUAUACAGGGAAGGAUAAGAAGCGCCUGUUUGCCCAGUUUUACCAAGGGCACCCAGAAGUAUUUGCCCAAUAUUUUGGGCAAAGGCUGGCCAACGUUAUCUGCAUUCUCUAAUGUCUGUGACCUAUUUAUGAUUUUAAUUAUGAAAAUAUGACUGAAUUAUGAUUUUAUUUAUUUUUUAUGAAUAAAUGGAUGGUUCUAAUGAAA